CUCAACAGCAACUCCUCACGAACAGACAGCAGGUGCGGCAGCAGGACGCCGAGUUCACCUUGCUCAAGAAGAGGUCGAGCUUCACCGAUGAGCUGCCAUUCACUUUGCUUAUUCACACGAAGAUACUGAGGGAAUACCACCUACAGAUAACGAAUAGGCGUGUAUGAACGGUGAGUUCGCGCAGUGCAUGGAUGAUGCGUACGUCCUCCAAAACUGCCGCUCCAGCCUGGACAAGUUUGGCAGGUCAGUGAACUGCAUGAGUGAAUCAGACAUCGCGAGGCAAGCCCAUCGCAGCCACGAAUGUCAUGGACGGUAUCAUACAUGGACAGUGACUGAGUGGAUGUCACUGUGGAGGGCUGGCACGUAGUCACGAGUCACGACAUUCACGACUUCUCAGUUCGAGGCCUGCAUUCGCUUUCACAAGAGUUGACAUGUACUGUAGCA